UCUCCCUAUCCUGUUUCCCUGGUCACUUCUCCUCCCUUUAAUUACAACAAUACUCCCAAGUCCCAAACCUCUCUCUCUCUCUCUUCUUUCUCUCUCUAACAACAACCGUACAUUUCAUUGGUUUCAUGGCAGUGUGUGUGAGACAAUCAAGAAACAAUGUCAUCAACCAUGUCAAAUCAAAGAUGGGUUUGUUGGGUCUCACUAACUUGAGUUCUUCUUUGAACAAUGAUCACAGUACACUAUCUACAGCUUCACUUGCUAAAGAUUUGAGGAAUCAAAGUUCGGUUUUUGAAAACAAACCGACCCUUUAUAGGACUCGGCGUUUUGAGUCCACUAAACCUCAUCAAAGGUCUGGGGUGCACAGUAAUGGGGCCUACAGUCAGUUUUUGGAUUUCCCAGGGGGACAGGUUGCAUUCACCCCUGAAAUGAGAUUUUUAUCUGAAUCUCCCAAGGAGCGGAUUCCCUGCUACCGUGUUCUUGAUGAUGAUGGUCAGCUGAUACAGGGCAGCAUCGAUGUUGGUAAGGAAAUUGCUGUAAAGAUGUACAGUGACAUGGCUACUCUUCAAAUCAUGGACACUAUCUUCUAUGAAGCCCAGAGGCAAGGAAGAAUUUCAUUCUAUCUGACUACAAUUGGAGAAGAGGCCAUUAAUAUUGCAUCAGCAGCAGCUCUUACCAUUGAUGAUUUUGUUGUCCCACAGUACAGGGAACCUGGAGUCCUAUUAUGGCGUGGUUUUACCCUUCAACAAUUUGCAAAUCAGUGUUUCAGUAACAAAGAUGAUGAUUGCAGAGGCAGGCAGAUGCCUAUCCAUUAUGGAUCAAAAAAGCUUAAUUACUUUACAGUAGCAUCGACAAUUGCUUCACAACUUCCGCAUGCAGUCGGUGUUGCAUAUUCUCUUAAAAUGGAUGGAAAAGAUGCAUGUGCGGUGACUUAUUUUGGUGAUGGUGGCUCAAGUGAGGGAGAUUUUCAUGCCGCUUUAAAUUUUGCGGCAGUCACGGAGGCCCCAGUUUUAUUUAUCUGUCGGAACAAUGGAUGGGCUAUUAGUACUCCUACUUCAGACCAGUUCCGAAGUGAUGGUAUUGUUGUCAGAGGGGAGGCUUAUGGAGUGCGAAGUAUACGUGUAGAUGGUAAUGAUACUCUUGCCUUAUAUAGUACAGUUCGUGCUGCUCGUGAAAUGGCUAUACGUGAACAAAGACCAAUCUUAGUUGAGGCUCUGACAUAUCGAGUGGGACACCACUCCACAUCAGAUGAUUCCACCAAGUAUCGCCCAGUUGAUGAAAUUGAGUUGUGGAGAUCAGCAAGAGACCCUAUUGCUAGAUUCCGAAAAUGGAUAGAAAGCAAUGGUUGGUGGAGUGGUGAAGCUGAGUCAGAGCUUCGAAGCAAUGUGAGGAAGCAGCUAUUAGAUGCAAUUCAAGUAGCAGAGAGAACAGAGAAACCUCCACUUGUGGACAUUUUCACGGAUGUGUAUGAUGUUCCCCCGUCCAACCUCAGCGAGCAAGAGAAAUGGCUUAGAGAGACCAUCAAGAUACACCCACAAGAUUACCCAUCAGACUUUACUCUGUAAACUUGUUCAAUUAUGAAAGUUGCCCAUCAACUGUGAAUAAAACUGAUCUUUCAUUAGGGUUUGAUUCUGCCCUUCAAUUGAUUAGUUAGUACAGCUAUAUAGUUAUUAGAUCUGGUGGUGUGGUGAAAUGUAAGAUCCACAUGUCCGUGAGCUCGUCAAUGGAGGCAUGAAUAUGUUCAAUCCGGUGAAUGGUUUGUGGAAUUAUGUUUUGUUCAGAAAGGAACUCAAAUCUUAUGCUGAUUCCAUUUCCAUUACGCAGGAAACUUGGAUUUAAAGCAAGAAUAUUUGGCUUUUUGGGUUUGCAAUAAAAUUUUGCUUCACCGUCAAA